CCUCGGUAUCCCCUUCCCUUCUUCCUCUUCCCCCCGUUUCCUCCUCAUUACUACGUAUCUUUUCCCUUUCUCCCUCCCUUUCCCUACCCUCCUCCCCCAUCAUCAUCAUCCGGCUUUAAACCUUCAGGUAAGUAAAGCUUGUUUCCCGCUUCUCUCUCCCCCAAUUCCCUCCUUUCCCAUUCCUUUACUCCUAUCCCCAUCCUCAUACUACCUUCCACUCCCCCCGACCAUCCCCGACAUUUCUCCCAUCCAUAGCUUUUCCCGGAGCUGCCGUGCCUGAGCCACCUCCCCGCUGCGGAGGCCUUCCACCGUCCCACGGCAAGGCAACCAUCCAAACACUAAGCGCCAGCAAUCUAUCCACUUCCUUCGGCGUGGUCCCUCAACUCCUCUAUCCUUAUCCACUUUUUUUUCUUCGCUCCCUCUCUGUGUCCUUUGUAGUACCUUUGUUCGUCUCACAUCCUUAUUUCUCGAACUUCCCCCCCCCCUCU